CGGACACGCGCAGUGGCUUUAUCUGAACGCUGGCACGCAGCGGGAGCGCGCAGAGCUCACCAUGUCCUCCAGGUGGAUUUUCCUGUAGCCUCACACCACAAACACACACACACUCACUCACUCACACACACCACAAACAGACGUGAAGUCAUUUUAAUCUUCAUCAUCAUCUUCAUCUCUUCUACCCUGCGCGUUCCCGUGUGUGUGUGUAUGAUGCGUGUGUUUACGUUCUGGACUGCGGUGUGUGUUCUCUAUGCAGGAGUGAGAUGUGUCCCUCUGCCAGAAGAGCAGCGCGCGGCUGACUGCGACCCGUUCAGUACUAACGGCUGUGACCGACAGAACACGGACGACGCUCUGAACGCUCAUGAGAGACAUGAGGGUCUGCUGAGAGAACUACAGGAGCUCGCAGAACACGAGAAAGAGAGAGAGAGCAAAUACUCUCGCGAGAGAGACGAUUAUGAGCUCAACGACACAUGGGAGGAGGAUGAGGAUGAAGAUGAGGAGGGAGCGAGGAAGAACGAGCGAGACCUGGACGAGCUGCUCCAGGAGGAGAUCAGGGCGAAGGAGAUCCAGAGGAAACAAGACGAGGAGCUGGAGGAGCUGCUGAAGGAGCUGAAGGAGAAGAAGCGCACGAGGAGCGAGCAGGAGGAGAGGAAGAACGAGCUGGAGCUGAAGCUGGAGAAGGAGAAGGUGGAGGAGGAGCUGAAGCAGCUGCGGGCGGAGCAGAAGAACGACACCGCCGGCUGGAGCAAACACAAGGAGGAGGAGGAGAAACAGGAGGAGCUGCAGGAGCUGAUGAGGAAGAUGGAGCGCGUGCAGAAGGAGGAGGUGAAGGAGCAGAAGCGGGAGAUGGAGAACGCCAGCGACGAAGCCACGCGACAGUUCGAGAGAGACGGAGAGGAGGAGGAGGAGGAACGACAGCAUGAGAAGGAGGAUGAAGAUGAGGAGCUGCUGGAGAUCGAGGCGGAGCUGAGGAAAGUUGCAGCGCAACUACACGAACUUCGCAGGGGUUAA